AUGGCAGAACCACCUACUCAACAGGGACUCGUGCGGCACAAUGGGAUUGUGCUACCUUUCCAACCAAAGAGGAAGUUUAAGCUCGAAGAGCAGUUCAAACAUUUUUUGAACAUGUUUUGUAAAGUUCAUACUAACAUUCCUCUAGUUGAAUCAUUGCAGGAGAUACCUAAAUAUGCCAAGUUACUAAGGGAGACGGUGGUGAAGAAGAAAAAUCCAACAAAAGCCAACCUUAAGCUAUCACAUCAUUGCAGCGAGAUCAUCCAAAAGGAAAGGACAGUGAAGCAGAGAGAUCCGGGCCAGUUCAUUGUCAGAUGCCGGAUUGGAGAGGGAAAGGUUGACAAGGCCCUAUGCGAUUUAGAAUCUUCCAUCAAUCUCAUGCCACUGAAGUAUUACGAAAAGCUCCACAUUGGGUCGCUCAAAACUUCAAAUGUGACACUAAGGUUGGCCGAUAAAUCGUCCAUAAAAACUGUAGGUAUGAUUGAGGACGUCUUAGUUAAAGUUGAUGAUUUCAUUUUCCCUGCCGAUUUUAUUGUGCUUGACAUGAAGGUAGAUAAGAACGUCCCUCUAAUCUUAGGGAGAGAUUUUCUUGCUACUCGCAAAGCUUUGAUUGAUGUAAGUCGUGGAGAGAUCACAAUUAGCGAUAACUAUAGCCAAUCCACCUAUAAGAUCGAGAGCGAGAUGCUCAAGUUUUAG